AUGCCGAGUGCCCAGCACCAAUGGUCGCCAGCUCCUAAUCCUCGGAAUGGGCGUCCAACCGACCUCCUCUAUGCCCUCCCUCGCCUGACCUUUCGUUUCAACGAUGCACAGCACAAUCGGCCCCCUCCCCCAUUCCAGACGUCACAGCAGACCCGCAAGGCGGCAGACUUCAUCCUCCGCCAAGGUGACGUUCACCUCAAGGUCGACCACAUGAUCCUUCCCGCGAUCAACAGGGCACUGGAGGUUAACACACCGCGGUCUUUCCCCCGUCCCGCGCAGCUUGACGUCCCUUUCCUUCGCCGGUGGGACGAUUCAAUCGCGAGCCUCACGUCUGACCUCCGUUCUGGUGAAGGAUCAGAUCACGCCACAACCAAAGCGGUGGUGGCAGAGGUUGUGACCCUCGCCAAUCGCUUCCUCGGCACUCGUUGGGUACCCAAGGCCAAACGAACGCAGUGGGCCGCCAUGCGCGAUUGGCCCGACCUCCAUCUCCUCCCAAAAGCAAGAGGGUUACUUAUCUGGACGAACUCUGGCGCUGAUACAGGCUGGGUUCGCCUCCUGGCCACUCUAGGUAACAGCUCGAUCACAAUCCAGCGCCGCGCCGGAAGCAUCCACACCAAACCGUACGCGCAUAGCCAGGAACUAUGUGAUGUGAUUGCCGAGCUCCUCUUCACGAUGCACUCCCACCGCCUCACAUACCUCGUCGUCACCAGCGGUCCAGCCACUGCUAUCUUUGAGCUCGACAACGCUGGGCUAAGUGUCUCGCCGCUGCUCACCAACACGCUUCGCGGCCUGAACCUCCUCACCGUCCUUACAGGACUGGCGCUGAUGAUCCCAGACCCCCCACCCUCGCACUUCGUCGACCUCCGCCCAAUCGACAUGAACACCCAGCUGGCAAUCCGCAGCCCACCUCUUCCAGUCAACACCAGGGCGGUCAACGCACCCGUUCCCCCUCUUCCGCCUCUUCCAAUUCUUCCCAUGGCACCACCUCCUCCUCCUCUUGAGCCGGUUACGUCUCCACCCAAGACUCCCAACCGCGUGUACCGUACACCCAUCCCCUCAGCCCCAAAUAGCAGGAGCAUGUACCGGUACUACGAGGGCACAUGGGCAGAAUCCAAUAACCCUAGUCCCUCGACGCCGACGUUCGACAUCAGCCAACUGGCUCUCAUCAGCGGCGGGGUUCGAAAGCGUCGUCGCCAGGCGGGUCCCAGUACCUCGGCACCCGACCUGACUUUCCUUCCCGACUUUGAAAACGCUUCAGCAAGCACCAGCCGGGGACACCGACCCACCGCGUCGUACUCGUCGGUCCCGCCGGAGCAUACAUCAGCUGCCGUCAGCCCAGGACACGACCAGCUUGCGCACGCUGUUCCAGCCUCUGAGAUCGCCAGUACCUCUCGUACCUCUCGCAUACCCCACGGUACUCCCCGUCAUGCGCCUGGAUCCCGUUCCUCCAGCCGAAUGAGCAUGCCCCAGUCGUACAGUGCCUUUCCUGGCGGCGAGGCGUACAAUUAUCUCCCAUCUUCGCCGAAUAUAGCUGCCAUUGAGGGCCCGGACGAACCUAUACUGAUGUUGUCAUCCUCCAGCCCUCAACCCAUCCCCAACAAUGCCAGCGACAUGGCCGGUCCCUCCCGCACUGGUAACGCUUCCACGAGCACGCGCCCCGGCCCGUCCCAGAUAGCUCCUGUUACGCAUUACACUCUCAAGCGCAUGCGUGAGAUCACUCCACCCCAGCCGAAAUGGAUCAUCCCCUCCUACGGGUCUCUCACCCUCAGCGUCGACCCGGGGCUGCGACCCGAUGACCGUACCCCGCUGCUCCACCACGCCACGUCUUCCUCGUAUACCCCAGUCACAUCCACCGCCAAAUGCUCCACCUCCCAUCUGCACCUCACGAUAACCUGGAUGAACCAGCAGACUUACCGUUGGCGCGAGUUCGUCGCCGAGCUCCCAGCUGGCAAUCCCGGACCCAACCGUCCCCUCCCCGUGUCCGUCCAGCUGUUCUCCCCAGACUACCCGCCAGCUGGACGCGAGAACAUGGCCGAGUGGCUGCUUGAGGAGGCGAUUGAGGACGGCGAGAAUGCCGAAGGCCGCUACCCCGAGACUUUUGUCGGUUUCUUCAAGAGCACGGGAGAGGUGCGCGUGUACGCGCUCAUCGUUAUUGAUAUGGCUCGCCUGGCUUUCGAGGAUAUGUGA